AGUUUAUUACCAAAUUACGCACGACAUCUCCAUACACUGUCUAAUGGCCGACAGAUUAGCAUUUCAGGUCGUGCGUUUGCGCAACGGCUGAGGAAUGGCACCGCACAUGUAGCAGAAGAACAGGUCGGUCCAGCAUCAAGAAUUUGCCGACUUUGGGUUGAACAUGUGAGAGAGCGAUAAGAGGGCGGCGAGGAAAGUGGAUGACUUUGUUACUCCGCCCGAAAAUGGGGUGGGAGGGUGCUGAAAUGAAAUGUAUGAGGGCAGCGGCGAGUUGGGACAAGUCUUUGGAGAGACAAGGUGCAGGAGAGGGCUCACCGUGACUUCAUGUUUUCAUCCCUCCCCUAAAGGAGAUCCACAGACUUGUCGGCCGGUUUUACCGUCUCUGUGAGUCAACGGAGGAGUCUCGGUGACUCCCGGUCUCUCGCUCAUCGGACAGCCUGCCGUCCGUCCGUCCAUCCAAUGUGCGUAAAAGGGCUCCAUUUCCUCACCGUCCUGGCUGGACUCGCAGCUUCAGGCAUGCUGCAGGUCAGCGGGAUGCGUAUAUACACAUCCGGGGAAAUCGAAGCAGUCAAUGGGACAGAUGUUCGUCUGAAAUGCACGUUUCAAAGUUCGUCUCCCAUCAACAUCAACCUGGUCGUCAUCUCCUGGACGUUCAGACCCCUCGGACCCGGCCGAGAAGAGUCGGUGUUCCACUUCCAGCAGCGACCGUAUCCGCCUAUAGAGGGCAUCUUCAGGAAGCGCAUUGUUUGGGCCGGGGAUGUCAUGGGCCGUGACGCCUCGAUCAUAAUUCGCGAGGUGAAGUUCACCUACAACGGCACUUACAUCUGCCAGGUGAAGAACCCGCCGGACGUCCAUGGCAGUGUUGGACAGAUAAAACUCCGUGUCGUCAAAACAGCUUCUUUCUCCGAACUUCUCCUUCUGGCGCUGGCCAUCGGAGGCGGCAUCGCUGUGGUGGUCAUCCUCCUCAUCAUCAUCGUGUCCUGCAGGAGGUGCAAGAAAAGGAGACAGAUGCAGAUGGAGGGCAACGAAGAGGCUCCGCGCAAAGAAAGAAAAGACCCCACUGUGUGGUAAGACCAACAGAAAGACAGAGGGAGAGGAAGAAGGGGAUAGAGAGAGGAACAGAAGAAUCGCACACUUUCUCUCUCGCUCUCCGUCUGACUCUGGGGAUCAGGGCAUGGGGUGCUACUUCUUGCGGCCUGGGGCUCUUUUCCUGCUGGACGCUUCACUUUCUUCCUUCCUCUCCAACUGCAGUCUUUGGAUCCCAGAUUUGGACCAGUAAUGGGCAGCUGUCAUUAAGCAGAAAUCAAUGAAGAAUGUGCCUUUGUUUAGAGAGCUAUAGAUACUGAACAUUAGCCAGGCUGCUGUGUAGCUUCUAUGAUAUCACCAUGCGCCUUUCAUUUCUGGAGACAAAUGACUGUUUUAUCACAUCAUCUUUUCAUGUUCGGCUAAAUGGGCUUCCAAACACAUUUCCUGUUUAGACUAAAUGUUUGAUGAUUUAGAAGUAUAACAAUGGUGUAUUCCUGCUGUUUACUUCCCUACUAAUACAUUUCAAACCCCAACAUACCAAUGAAGUUCAAGACACAUGUUUGCUAUAUUAUUUCAGGCAACAAUAGAAACAGCGGAACAAUGAAUGAGCACUUUCUAAGCCUCUAUUGAUUUUUUUUAAUCACUGCAUGAUGGGAAACAUUAUGAAGCCCCACACAAAGCUGUUAUCAACCCUCAUUUCAAUGCUCAUAUGUGCCGGCUGUCUGAUCCAAUUCACUGUGGUUCAUUUAAACCUGCAGGAGGAUGCUGGUUUGCAUUUCUGUUUUGUUUCACUACUGAAAUUAUGUUGCUGUAUUUUUCUGAGAUUCUGUGUUGUUUUUAGAUUGAUUUUGUGACUGUUGCAGAAAUAAUCAGGGUGCUGUCAAGAAAUCCAAAACCUGAUGGUGAGCGCUUGUUGGAAACAGACAUUUUAGACAGUAUUUUUGUGCAAAUUUGACUAAGACAAAAAAGCAAUAUCACUUCUAAAUUACUAUCAGAUUGGCAAAUUUCCAUUUUUUAGCCAUUUCUAAUGGCCUAUUGUCUGUUUCAAACAGUGGGCUAUUUUUUAUAUGGAAUAAACAAAACAUCUUUCUCCUGGGCAUAUGACUUCUUGGCUCUCUCUUGGGUUUUCAGAUCUUUCUGUAAAAGGUGCAGUAACUGAUUUGUCAUUUGAAAAAAUAUGCUUUUGUACUACAAAAAUCAGGCCUCUGAAGGGACUGUUGACAGCUUUUUGCUGUCAUCUUUCACAAUCAGAUUUAUUCAGACUUCAAACUGAAUUUCUCAUUGAAAAACUUGGUGAAGGAAGGAAACAAUUUCACCCCAAUCAGAUGUUGAUGAGUAAACAGAGAUUUUGAUCCAACUUUUGCUCUCAGCUUGGGACAACUUAACCCUGUCUGAUGCUAACCUUUUGUCCCUGCUGCUGUGUUUGUGUCUGCUUGUCUUUGUCCUUUCCCCUGCUGUGUGUGACUCUUGCACAUGUGUGUACAUCAAUAAUUCAUGAAUGUGUCAUGCAUGAAUGCACAUUCGUGUGUUUAUGUGUGGUAUGUCGCUCUUACCUCCCCCUGCUGGAUGUCUCCCUGUCCCGUCUGUACGUGUCUCAGCCACCCAUCGAAGGCCAUCCACCUCUACCUAUCAGAGACGUCUAUAGAGAUUGACAGUUCAGACGGCAUGAUCUCAGACCCCAGCACCCCAAGUUCGAGCUCCUCAGAGGACGAGGGCCCGAGCUCAGACGAUGACGACGAUGGUGACGACUCUGACUGAAGAGGUGGGAUCAGAACAGAGAGAUGGAAACACUGAAGCGAAGUCAGCCAGGGAUCUUGCUGAAGGGAAGCCCGGACGGCACCUGUAGAUCCUGCUGAGUGGAGGCUGGAUGAAGAAAGAGCUGCUGCUGAGACGAAGGCAACCGCAUUGUUCAAGAAUGUGAGGAAAAGUCUGAAACUUUCCAAACAAGAACAAAGAGAUUACAACAGCGCCCCUGAUGAAGAGCUGGAUCAAAAGUACAGUAACUUUAUUUUUCAGAGAGUCCAGAAAUAUUCAUAUGAGGGAAGAAAUGCUGAAUGAGAGCCUCUGCAAUCCUGAACCUGGCUUGGUGACUUUUCUGAAGGGAAAAAGGGGGUCAAUAGUUGUCUCUUGGUUUAGACAUGAAUCUUGCUAAGUAUAGGAAAUCAAUGCCACAAUCAGCAGCAGCAAGCGGUUGAUUCUACUGACGUUAUUGACAUGGAUCUACUUAGAAUAAGGACGGCGUUUUCGCCAUGAUGAGCCAUACACAUAUCUUUAUAUAUCUGAGGGUGCCUGCAGUUUUUUAAAACACUUUUCUUGUUAACUUCUCUGGGAUCAUCUUUCAUACAACAGCUAUGUUUUACAGCUGAAAGUCAUUCUGAACAAUGUAGGUCUUGCAUUUCAAUCAUCGUGCACAUCAUCAUGAGAACUGCCUGUCGGUGCGUACUUCCAUCCUACACAUGUAGGCUGAGGUGCUUACACUACGUCACAUCUGAUUACUUUGGCCAAAAAUAAGUCUAAAUGUAAUGUUGCUGCCAUUAAGUCUGAAGGUCAAAUACUUGAUCAGUGAGCAAACAACUGCAUGCUGGCACCUGCCCUGAAUGUCGUGUGGGAGAGACACAGUCAGAUCUGAAAACCCUUUGAUUGCAAAAUGUCCUUGAGAGCCCGUUUUUCUCGCCUGUGAAUGCAUCACGUCUACUAACAAAUGACCGUACCACUGUCUUUCGUCCUUGCAUGACAGAAUUUUUACCUGUGUUUUAAUAUUGAGCAGUAUGUUUAUAGACUUUUUGUGUUUUUCUAGUUUUCUAGGUAAUGCCAGAAAUAUUUCAUCAUGUUGUUUAAAAGUGUCACCGUAUAUGUAUUUGUUAUAGAGCUUUUAUUAAAGAAAAACAUUUUCUAAUAAAAAUGCCUUUAAACCUCUA